AUGGCAAAAGCCUAUGAUAGGCUAUCGUGGGAUUUCCUGAUUUCGGUCCUGAGGAAAUUUGGAUUUUCGGAAAUUUGGAUUGAUCUAAUGUGGGGUCUUAUCUCAGAAGUUUGGUACUCCAUUGUCAUUAAUGGGGUAAGAAGAGGUUUUUACACCUCUUCUCAAGGUUUGAAACAAGGGGAUCCUCUAUCCCCUUCACUUUUUAUUAUUGCAGCUGAAGUUCUAACUAGAUCUUUAAAUAGCCUCAACAAUGAGCCUGAUUUUAUUCCUUUCCAUAUGAAUAAAAGAGGCCCACAAAUUAACCACCUCGCCUAUGCUGACGAUAUUGUUAUUUUUUGCAGUGGCAAGCAAAGUUCUAUCAAUCUUGUGAUGAGUCACAUUGAGAAGUAUGAAAAUGCUUCUGGCCAAAAGAUUAAUGGAGAAAAAAGCUUGUUUAUAACAGAUCCAAAAGCUAGUGCACAAAGAAUCAACAAAAUGAGAAAUUGCACUGGUUUCAUGGAAAAAAGUUUUCCUUUCACCUAUCUUGGCUGCUCUCUUUAUAAAGGAAGAAAGAAGUUAAUCUACUUUGAGAAUAUGGCCAUGAAAGUGGCUAAUAGACUCAACAGUUGGCAAGGCAACAUGCUCACCUUUGGUGGGAAAAUGAUUAUGAUCAAGAACGUGUUACAAUCACUCCCCAUUUACACACUUUCUGCUAUGAGCCCCCCGAAAGGAACUCUAACUCUCAUUGAGAAGUAUUUUGCUAGGUGGUGGAGGUUCAGAACUAAUACCACCUUGUGGGGUACCUUUAUGAGAGCUAAAUACUGUAGCAGGUCCCACCCGGCUGCUAAAAAAUGGGUCCCUGGUAAUUCACAUGCUUGGAAACGCAUGCUACAAAUAAGAGACAAAGUGGAGAAUAAUAUGCUUUGGAAGAUCAAUGUUGGUAAUUGUAGUCUGUGGUGGGACAAUUGGUCGGAUAAAGGGGCUUUAGCCAAUCUUUUUCCAGACCAUCACCAUAACAGGCAUACUACGAUUAGUAGCUACAUUAAUAAUGGUGCUUGGGACUCCUCUAAGAUUACUCUUGAUUUUGGGGAUAGGAAUCAUAACAUAUUUGCUAACACUGAUAUUGGAGACCCAUCACUGGAAGAUUUCAUUAUUUGGAAACCUACCAGUGAUGGGCUAUACACUAAUUCUUCUGCUUUUCAGGUUAACAGACGCAGGAAACAAGAUGAUGAAACUCUCAGCAGUCUAUGGCAUAAUUGCAUUCCCCUCAAGAUCUCUUUUUUAGGUUGGAGGGCUUGUUUAUCCAAACUUCCUUUCAACGAGAAUCUGGCUAGAUUGGGCAUAGUUGACAACUCCAAUUGUAGAUGCUGCAACACGCCUAUCAGAGACAGUAUGCAACACACUUUGGUAGAGGGACAAGCUGCCAAAUAUCUUUGGGAGUCAUUUGGUUCGCCUCUAGGUAUUAGACACAGAAAUUGGCCCAUCAAAAGAAUCCUCAAGCUCUGGAGAGACACAGCGACCCACAACAGCGUACACAAGCUACUAGUUAACAUUGUCCCCUUGGUAAUCUGCUGGGAAAUUUGGAGGAACUGGACAGCUUGCAAAUAUGGCGAGCAAGACAGACUCUACUUCAGGAAAAUGAGGCACCAAGUUAGCUGGACCAUUGAUGCCGCCUUAGCUAAAGCUUUUCCAAGUUCAAUUGGCCAUGGUACAAUCUCUGCCAUGAAAUCGAGAGGUGGAAACCAAAAACAAUAUUUUAUCACGUUAAAUGGGACAAACCAGAGGAGGGCUGGCUCUCAUAACAUAGCUGAAGCCACAACCGCAAUGGAGGGAAUUCAACAGUGCUUACGAUUAGGUUACAAAGAAAUCCAUUUGGAAUCGGACUCACAAAUUAUUGUCGAUAUGCUGAAUGCUAGAACCACCAACAAUCUUAAGCUAAAAAGAAUCAUUCUCAACACCGCAAAAUUGAUGGAGCACGCUGAAGUCAAAGUCACCCACUGCUACAGAGAGGCAAACCAGGUAGCUGAUCUACUGGCCAAAUCUGUAGCUAACGUCGAUAUCUCUACACAAUACAACUCAUAUACUCAACUGCCUGGAAAUAUCAAAGGAUCUUUCUUCAUGGAUUCCUAG